AUGGCGGAGGGCUGGGAGGAGCUGCUCAAGGCGGCUGAGCAGGCUCUGAGAGAAGAUCCCCCAAAGUUCUUCGACGGCGUACAGCACAUCAAUACGGCCAUGGAGACAUUCGCCAAGGACGUGCUCGAGGACGAGACUGGCAGGGUCACGAAGGAGCCCGCCGACUUCCUCAGGGACCUCGCCCCGGGCCUGCAGGCGGCCCAGAAGGACGCCCUGCGGAGGAUGUUCGAGGUUCGCGGGGACGUGAUCACCGGCCUGGGGGCGCACAAGCGGGCCGCCGUGGACUACCAGUGCGCUGCGGACCUGAGCGAGCCGCAGGACCAGGCUUCCGUCCUCAACAAGAGGUCCCGGGCCGAGCAGGCCGCCAAGGGCCCGAGGACGGCGACGGACAAGGUCCCCGUGACUGUUAUAACGGGCUUCCUGGGCUCUGGGAAGACGACCCUGCUGAACAGGAUACUCAAGGAUCAGCAUGGCAAGCGAAUAGGGAUCAUCGAGAACGAGUUCGGAGAGGUUGGCAUCGAUGACGGGCUCAUCGACAGCAGGAUGACCACUGAGGAGAACAUAGUGGAGAUGAACAACGGCUGCAUUUGCUGCACAGUCAGAGGUGACCUCAUCGCCGGGCUCAAGAAGUUCGUCAAGAGCUCCCAGAAGAGUGGCAAGCUGCUGGACGCCGUGAUCAUCGAGACCACAGGUCUUGCGGAUCCCGCUCCGGUGGCCCAGACGUUCUUCGCCGACGAGUUUGUGCAGCAGAAGAUGUGCCCGUACGACUUCCAGAUGGACGAGGACUGCGCCAUCCACGCGAAAAUCAAGUACGACGAACAAGUACGAAGGUCGAUUACGUACCGGGCAAGGCGCAGGAUGGCAAGAGGGGUAGGAGUUGCGUCUGGACUCGAGGUGAUAGAGGAAAGGCGCCCCGUGGUCUACUGCGACCGCGGAGCGGUCUGGGAGUUCGCCCCCGGGCCCGGCGGCCUGAAGGCGUGCGUGGAGGGCGAGACAUCACGGGCUCAGAGGUCGAGUGCUCCGUGGGCGGCGGCAGCGGCGCCCGUGGAAGUUGCUGCUCUGAGUCUCCAGAGGGCCGGGUGGAAGCUCGACUCGCGCGUGGCCCUCGCCACCGACCAGGGGGCCAGGCUGGGCGCGCGCGUCCAAGCCGACGGCCAGGAUCAUGCGUGCUUCGUGGAGCGCUACCUGGCGAAGCGCCAGGCCUCCCCGCCCUGGGCGCCGCCCGCGGGCAGCCCGGCGAGUCCCGACCACGGGCCGCCCGAGGAUUUUGGGGGGACCGGGGUGGAGUAG